AGUCCCAGCUUGUUUUGGAGUUGGCUUCCAGCUGACAGAGGGCGCUGGAGGUUUCGUUUCCUUUAAGAUCAGUCAGAGACGCGGAAGCACUGUAGCUAAAGCAAGCAGUGACGAAGUUCGAUAGAUAUGGGUGUGCAAAUAAAAGUUGAAUACUGUGGCGGAUGAGGGUACGAGCCCCGCUUUCAGGAGCUCAAGCGGGUCGUCACUGCUGAGUUCACUGAUGCGGAUGUGAGUGGCUUUGUCGGCCGCCAAGGGAGCUUUGAGAUCGAGAUCAAUGGACAACUGAUUUUCUCAAAGCUGGAAACCAGUGGCUUCCCUUAUGAGGACGAUAUUAUGGAUGCUAUCCAAAGAGCCUAUGAUGGCCAGCCGGUAGAGAAGAUCACCAAGAGCCGGCCUCCUUGUGUCAUCCUCUAAAGUUUCACCACUUAACCCUUCACUUUUGGCUCUCAAAAGGUCAAGAUUUGGAACAGUUCUGUUAGCAUAAUUCAAACAUCUAGAGAGAGAGUUUUGGUGCAGGAUCCUUAAACAUCCCCUCCUCUUCUCUCCUCCUGUCUGGUUGCUGGACGUAAAUGAUUAUCGUAAAUCUAAAGUUAGCAGUUACGAUAUGAGUCCUGCAGUCCACGCAUCCUUUAAGCUGGAGGAGUAAGAUGCGGGGAUGCCAAGGAGGAGGCCAGUGGAAGGGUUAAUGUCUUUGUUUCUUUUUUUGAAGCCACAAUGCCUACUGGGGUCACUGUUCAUCUGCUGAUUAUUUGUUUUUGUUUUGGGAGGUUUAAAGUGAAAAAUGGAUAAUUGUAUAUUAAUGUAAUAAAUGUUAGAAGGGAAUGCCUAAUAGCUUGGGUCACAUAAUUCACAUUAUUUUUGGGUCCGUCUGGGUGAAUAAAUUGUCAUUUUGCAAUUGUCCCUUUAUAUCCACCAUCCCAUAUCAGCAUGAAGAGAUCACAAAUAAAUGAAAAUAAUAUUGGGGAGUACUUGAAAUGCUUGUUUGAAGUACUGCAGGGCACAUUCUAGACCAAUUUUGCUUGGUGUCAAAGCUCAGGUGAUUUUCCUCUUGCAAGCAUUUUGUGCAGUAGUUGUUUUUAUUAGUAUUGUGUUACCGACUUUUGUAUUGUUAAAUCAAACCAAAUAGCUGGUUUAAGGGCAUUUAAAGACUUGCAGACACUGCCGCAUGAUAACUUUUGUUGUUGUUUGGUGUGUGUGUUUUUUUGAAACUGCUGAAGGCCAUGUUUUUGAAACACUCAUAUACGGUUAAUAAAAUGAGCUAUCGUCUGGUUUUGUCCUCCA